CUCCCAGUGGCUGAAAACUGAGAAAGCGAAACUGAAUUCGGGGUUUUGGCAAGAGGGAGCCAUGGCUGCUUCUGGGGGUCACAUCCAGCGUCUCCGUGAUGAAGCCACAUGCUCCAUCUGCCUGGAUUAUUUCAAGGGUCCAGUGACCAUCCCAGAGUGUGGCCACAACUUCUGCCGAUCCUGCCUGAUCCAGUACUGGGGGGAAUCGGAGGCAGAGGCUUCCUGCCCUCAGUGCAGAGAAAGAGUCCAGAGAAGGGAUCUCAUCCCCAACCGGCAAUUGGCUAAUAUGGUAGAAAUAGUCCAGAAUCUCAGUCUUCAAGAGGGGAGAGAAGAAGGAGAAGGCAAAGGGAGAAUGUGCGAGGAUCACCAGGAGCCCCUGAAACUCUUUUGCAAGGAGGACGAAGCCCCCAUCUGUGUGGUUUGUGACAGAUCAAAGGAGCACAAACACCACGAGGUGAUUCCUCUGAAGGAGGCUUUCGAGGAAUACAAGGGAGAGAUCUGUUGCCGCCUGGAGAUUCUGAGGAAAGAGAGAGAGGAAAUUCUGGCCUUUCAAGCAGAUCUGGACAAGGAAAGCAAAUACCUCCUUAAAUUAAUGGAAAAGGAGAGGUUGAAGACUAUGGAGAAGUUCAGACAACUGCGCCAGUUCUUGGAAGAACAGGAAAAAUGUCUGCUGAAUAAAACGGAAGUGGUGGAGAAGGAGAUUGUAGGAAGAAGGGAUGAGCAACUGACCAGACUCUCCAGGAAACUCUCUUCUCUUGAGAGGAUCAUCCAGGAGAUGGAGGAGAAGCGUCAGCAACCAGCGAGUGAACUCCUGCAGGAUGUGAGAAGCACCUUGCAGAGGUAUGAGAAAAGAGAGAGUCCAGAGAAGCCAGUGUCUUUCCCUCCAGAACUGAGGAACCAGUUGGAAUCCUGUGAUCUAAAUCACCUUCUGGAGGAUGCAAUGAAACAGUUGAAAGAUACUCUGUUAUUCAGAAAACAGAUUCAGAAAGAUGUCCAGUCAUUCAGAAAUCUCCAGAGAGCAAAUGUCACUCUGGAUCCAGACACAGCCCAUCCCAGGCUCAUCCUGUCUAAGGAUCGGAAAACCCUGAAAUUGGGAGACAGACCUCAAACCCUGCCUGACAAUCCUGAGAGAUUCAACUACUGGCCUUGUGUGUUGGGAUGUGAGGGAUUCACAGCAGGCAGACAUUUCUGGGAAGUCAGUGUGGGAAGUGGGGAAUGGUGGACUGUGGGGGUCGCCAGAAAGUCUGUGGGGAGAAAGGGCCGCUUCUCCUUUAGGCCUGAGGAAGGGGCCUGGGUUGUGGGGAAGUGGGGAGACGAGUACUGGGCCUGCACCUCCACUCCUUACUCUCCUCUGUCCCUGAGGGAGAAGCCCAGGAGGAUCCGGGUGACUCUGGACUAUGAAGGGGGACGUGUGUCUUUUUCUGACGCUGACUCAGGAGCCGAACUCUACACGUUCUCAGGAGCCUCAUUCUCAGGAGAGACCCUCCUCCCUUUAUUUCGUCUGUGGAGAAAUGAAACACACCUCAGUAUCUCCUGAGGAGACUAAAUCUGCCUCUCAGGCCCAGUUGGGAGUUUCUGCCCAGACCAGAAUGACUGACAUAAAAAACAUUUACCCGCCAAGAGAACUUUGGGCAGUUUCUCAGGGGGACCUUUGAGAGGAUUCAUUUUCCUUCCUUUUCCCAUAAUUCCCUCUGCAGCUUACUUCUUCUUAAAGAGACAGUCACACUUUUAACAGUCCCAAUAAAUAAUCUUUUCCUCACCUUCAAUCUUGUUUUCCUUUUGAGAUGUCUGAUUUGGCAGAGCACAAGACUCUUAAUCCCAGGGUUGUCGGUUUGAGCCCCAAGUUGGGCAAAUGUUUACUGCACUGCAGGGGGUGGGACUAGAUGACCCUCAGGACCCCCUCGCAACUCUCCGAUUCUAUGAAACCGUCCUCUCUCCACAAGACCUUAUGCAGCUGUGAAAAUGCAUGCAUCAUUGAAUUAAUAGAGGACUAAAAAAAUGAACCACUUCCCCCACGUCAGGCAGGAUAGCUGGAGGCCUCUGAUGGGAAGAAAAUAAAAAAAGAAAUUGGAAGAGCGCGUCAGCUUCAAAUAAUAAUAAUAAAGGUAAAGGGAUCCCUGACCAUUAGGUCCAGUCGUGACCGACUCGGGUUGCGCGCUCAUCUCGCAUUAUUGGCCAAGGGAGCUGGCGUAUAGCUUCCAGAUCACAAUAUAGGGUGGCAAUGACCAGGGCCAGAAUAAUCCUGGUCAGGCCAUGCAGGCCCUAAGAGCAAGAGGAACUCCAUUUUGUAUAUUCAAUUCUAAAUCUCUCUGUCUCUGAUAGAAAGCAAACAGGCACAGCAUGUUUGCACAUCUAAUGCAAAGAUCUAACCACACACAGCACUUCUAAGAAAUUCUAGCUACACCACACUUUGUUCCUUUGUUCCAUCCUGUCUAGCAUAAACCACAAGAGCACAUCCUGUAUAAGCUUUGUAACUUACAUGGGGGUAGGGGUGGGUAAGUUUUGUUAUAAAAGCACUCUGUGUAUGCCCAUGGGUCGGGCAGAAUGAGAAACUCAUUCUCACUGCCACAAUUUAUUGCAAUUGUCUGACAAUUCUAAUAAAUGUUUUAAUAAAUCUGUUUUAUAAUAUGUACAACUGCCUGAG